AUGGCGUCGAACGAGAUGGCGGAGCUGGUUGGCUUCUUGUCGAGCCCGCGCGCGGAUCUGCGGCAGUCGGCGAUGCAGCUGGCGCUCGGGCUCACGGCCACGGACGCCGGCGUGCACCAGCUCAUCAAGGCGGACGCGGUCAAGGCGCUCUGCCGCCUCGUGAGCGACGUCAACACGAUCGCCCGCGACGCGAUCCACGCGCUUGUCAACAUCACGGCGACGCACCCGGUCGCGUGCGAGAGCGCACUGCAGUUUGACAUUGUGAACCGCCUCAUGAACCAGCUCGACUCGGACUUUGCGCACAAGGACCUCUCGAUGAUGCUGCUGGCGAACGUGACGACGACGCCGGACGGCGCGAAAGCGCUCGUGGCCAACGACACCAAGUACAAGGUCCGCGAGGUCAUCUUGCAGAACCUUACGAUGCUCUUCCUCGAAUCCGAGCCCGAGCCCGAUGGCGUCGACCUCGCGAGUGGCGAACCCAAGUGGGACGACGACUACCAGUACAUUGCCAACGUGCUCGCCAACAUUACGCAGCUCGAGGAAGGCCGCGACUUUCUCCUGCAGAUGCGCAAGACCGCGUCGUCGUCGACGCCGCAGGCUCUCGUGCAGGUGCUUUUGCCGCAGAUCCACUCGCCCAACGUUGUCCGUCGUCGCGGGAUCGUGCAGGCCGUGCGCAACCUCUGCUUUGACAGCGACAACCACUUCUUCCUCUACGACUCGCUUGACGUCGUGGGCCACAUGCAAAAGCGCCUUGUGGGGCCCGAGCCGCUCGAAAUCGAAGAGAAGAACGGGCUCAGCGCGCUCGUGCUUGCUAGCCUCGGUCCCAAGAAGAAGCGCGAGUCCGACAACGCCGUGCGCCAGGCCGCGGUCGAGUGCCUCCUCCUCUUCUGCUCGUCCCGGAACGGCCGCAACGUCCUGCGCCAGCGCAAGGUCUACCCGAUCGUGCGCAACGCCCACAUUGUCGAGGGCAACGACGAGAUCAGCGACCAGAUUUACAAGCUCGUGGACUUUCUCAUUCGCGACGAAGAAGGCGAGGAGCCCGAUUGGGGCGAGAUUCGCGCCAAGUCGCUCGGCGUCUCCAACGACGACGUCGAGCAAACAACGUCGACGCCCACCGCGCCCGCACCGGUGUUCGAGUCGGUGCUCGACAAGCCGGCGCCGGUCAAGGACGCGACAACGAUCCACAUCGAAGAGGACGUCGACGAGGACUGUGCAGCCGCGCUGGCCAACGAGAUCAACCUCCUCGACGUGAGCAGCGACGAAGAGGACGACGACGUGCCUCCGCUUGCGCCGUAA